AUGGGUUUGGGUUCUCUGCUCGUGCUGCUGCCCCUCCUCUUCCCAGGGGCGGCUGCCGCUCGCCAUCUGAGCCAGGGGCCCGUCACCGACGGGCAGCCCGCCUGCCGUACCGUCGCUGAGUGGGCGGCAGCUACCGGGCACACCUACUUUGCUGAAUCGGUGCAGACCUUUGCCCCGGAGCUGUACGAUGAUGCCUUCUCUGACCCAGCCUGGGUAGGCACCAUAUUUUCCCUCACAAACGCCGUCCUGGAUAUGUCUGGGCAGCUGGAUGACCUGGGGGACUUCCGGGGCGUGAUGGGGCGCGCCGCCAACGACAGCGCCUAUUUCGACGGCAUGCGCCAGAUCAUCCUGUACCACAUCCACCCCGAUGAGGCGCUGACCGAAGCCGAGCUCGUGUACACGGCGGCUCGCGGCGGCAACCUCACCACCGCCCUGCCGGGGCACGACCUGGGGUUGGAGCCCCUGGUGGGCCCACAGGGCACCACCCUGCUGCUGGUGCCCGAGGAUCCGGUCCUGACAAACCUGAUUGGGAAGCCCCGGGUAGUCAAGCCUGACGUCACCGCUGGCCAGGCCAUCGUGCAUGAGCUGGACAUGGUGCUGCUGCCCGUCCUAGAGUAG